GAUAUCAGAACGAGAGAUUAAUCGUGAUUGGUUCGGUGCCGAUUGAUAUUACGCGCCGGUGACCGAGUGAGGAGUUCAUUUCUAAAUUCUAUUCAAUUCUGUCAAGAAGACCAGCAACUUGUUCCCAAUUUUUGUUUGAAACUCGAUGGGUUAUCAGCACUGGCCUGCAAAUUUCUCGGAUGAGAUCAAAACUCCUCUGCUAGAAAAGAGAAUCAAAAAGAAAUCCCUCAGAGAACGCAUCCCUGCUCGCUAUGUCUUGACUUUCCUCACCUUCCUGGGGCUGGGUAUCCAGUACACCCAGCGAGUCAACCUCAAUGUCACAAUGGUGGCCAUGGUCAACUCCACGUCCAUCGCGGGCAAGGAGAACGAGACCGUCUCUGACGAAUGCCCCAACAUCUUCGCAGCGGCCAACGUCACCAGGGAAUAUCCGGAGGGCAAAUAUACGUGGAAUCCAUCCACUCAAGGUGUGAUCCUGGGCGCCUUCUACUAUGGCUACGUUUUCACACCCCUGCUCGGGGGUCGGCUGUCCGAGCUGCUGGGGGCCAAGUGGCUUCUCGGAGGAGGAAUCUUUUUCACAUCCUUGCUGACGUUGAUCACCCCUAUGGCGGCAGACUGGGGAAUCGGUGUCAUGGUAGCUUUGAGGGUCAUUGUCGGAGCAGCACAAGGUGUGAAUUCUGCUUCAAUGUACGCCAUGUUCUCCAGGUGGGCUCCCACCCACGAAAGAAGUCGUCUGCUGUCCAUCUGCACAAUCGGUCAGCACGUGGGUACCAUCAUCACUAUGCCGACUAGCGGCUUUCUCAUACAGUACAAUGUGGGAGGAGGAUGGCCGUCUGUAUUCUAUUUAUUCGGAUUGAUCGGCUGUCUGUGGUUUGUGUUUUGGGUAUUUUUGGUGUACAAUACACCUGCCGAGCACCCCCGAAUCUCCAAAGCUGAGCUUGUGUAUAUACAACAGCAUUUGCCUCAGACAUCGGCUGAGCGGAAAAGCCGUCCUAUCCCGUGGGGCAAGAUUGUUCGCUCCAGAGCCGUGUGGGCGGUGACCGUGGCCAAGUUCGCCGGCACCUGGGGCUUCACCUGCCUUCUCACCAAGUUGCCCGCCUACCUGGCCGACGUCCUGCAUUUCCCCAUACAGAAGAAUGGUUUGAUCAACGCAUCUGUAUACACAGCUGAGAUCCUCGCCAUGUUCAUGUCCGGCUGUUCAUCGGAUUAUCUCAGAAAGAAGAACUGGCUGUCAAACACCAACAUUAGGAAACUCUUCGAGACCUUCGCUCUUCUAGGGCCCGCUUUUUGUCUCGUCCUUCUACCAGUCAUGGGCUGCUCCCACUGGCCAGUGGUCUCUCUGAUCAUCAUGUCCAUGUUCUUCUACGGCAUGGUUGGAGGUGGUGAUAUACCUGCUUUCGUGGAUAUUGCUCCAGAACUGGCUGGAACAAUAUUCGGAUUGGCUAAUGGUCUCGCUGGAACAACCGGAUUCCUGUCCCCUCUGAUAGCUGGCAUUUUCCUUGACUCGGAUCAUGGUGGAAUGCACCAAUGGUCCAAGGUAUUCUAUACUUCAUGCGGCAUCUACGCAUUUGGCGCCAUCUUCUUCUUAAUCUUCGGUUCGGCUGAACCUGAACCAUGGGCUGUAUCUGAGGAACCACCUGCUAGCCCAGGGGAUUUGUCACGAAAAGCUUCUGUUCGUUCCGAUAUUGAAAUUUCUCUCAGUAUCCAUGCUUCCGGCUCCUCUACAACGUGGCGUUGACUUUCAAAUUCAGUUCGAAAAGGGGAGAGGGACGGUGGCUCGCAUUCUUUGCUGGGCACGACAGAUCGAGUCAUCGUCGGUGCAGGGCGAAAUGCCCUGGUUCAGGUCAGAACUGAAGCUCCCUUCAGAACGUUAGAUGUUCGAAAGGAAUAAUGUUGCGUUCCGCACUCACCCAGUGUGUUCAGGAUGAUGAUGUUCUGUGCAAAUUCUAAGUCUCUGGAGUGAUUCAUUUAUAAGAAAAUUAAUUAAUAUUUAGCAAUUAUCAAUGAAGAUUCAACAACAUGAAGAUUAGACUUUUCCACGUGUAGCUAUCGUGUGAUGAAGAUUUAAGAAUUGUUAAAAAUUAGAGUACAUUAGUUUUUGAUUUGGGAGUGUAACUACUGAGGAAUGUAAUAAUACAUUUAGAGCUUGUUAAAUUUUUAAUAGUUCUAGUCCUUUGAAUCCGCUUUAUAUAGAGGAAUAGAAUUUAGAAAAAAAUUAUCAUUAAUGAAUGCAUUUCUUUUAAAUGCAAUAACGUAAGAUUUUAAAAUGAAUCUUUAAAUAAAAUUCCAUAUAAUAUCAUUAAACAAAAUUUACUACAAUAUAGAAAAUAAUGCUCAUAUUAAUUUUUUUUUUAACUAUUCUAAUAACAUUAGAAUAGUUACUAGAAAAUAAAAAGUUCGAUUUAGUUUUUUACAAAAGAAUUGGGAAUUAAUGGUUUUUUUUUAAUCGGCUUAUAAUAUCCCACAAUUGAAAUUCAAUCUUAGGCUAAAGAAGAUAAAAUAGAUUUCUUAUAAUAUAUUAUCAGUUUAUGCAUGGAGCAUUGUCUACGUCAAAAAGCAUAGAUGAAAAGCAUAAGCAAGAUUGAUACAAAGGUUUCGAAGUAUUCUGAUGAACAAGCUCAAAUUCCACCUUCAUAACAUGUUUAUGAUUUAUUCACAGUAUUCAUCAGCAUUUGUAAAUGCAGUUCGUAAAUCAUCAGUCAUUUUGAAAGUAUUGAAGCUCUUGAUACGGUGAUGUAAAUAUAUCCACACAUUCUUCCAAACAAUUAAAAAGAUAAUUGUAUUAGAGAAUAGUUAGAAUGCAUUUCUUUUAUUAAAAGGAUAUUCUCUAUUCAUAAGAUAAUUUGUGAAUUUUAUAUAUUACUGAAAAUAAUUCAAAGUUGGAUUUUGUUACGUAAUCUGCCAUCAAAAACACAAUAUUGUUAUAUUGAAGUUUUAACAAGCUACUUCAAAAAUAUUUCAUAAAUAAAAUAAAAGCUUUAAAACCGAUUAAUUGUCUAUUCGCAUACUAACAUCAUCAAAACUUUUAAGAAACCUUUUCUGAUGAAUAAAAAAUAAAAUAAAUAAAAUCUUUGAAUUUAAUAGUUUUCAACCAUAUAAAAAAUUGUUUUAAUAAUCAAUUGACAUUUGGGAUAUACGAUAAAAAAUGCAAGUAUUUAUAAAAAGCAUAUAUUAAUGUGUCAUUCAAAAUGUUAUUUUUAAAAUUAAUAACUUUUUUGUUUAAACAUUAUGGCAACAGCGCUUAUAAUGGGAAAUAUCGAUAUUUAAAUUCGAAAUUUAUUAACCAGGAUAAUAAUUACUGAAAUGCACUUUACUAACCCAGAAAUAAAAUAUAACAUAUUUGGAAUAUUUUUAUUUUAUUCCAUAUGAUUAUCAAAUAAUUUUUUUAAAAAAAAUUCCGGAUGAAUGUUUUAGCGGUAUUAAUAUUUCAUAUGAUGAUUGUGGCAGUAUACAAAAUCCUUUCGUUUUGUUCCGAAAUAAUAAUAAAAAAAUUGAAUUUCUAGGCGAAUUCGAAAUAUCUCGCCCAAGGCUGCAACCUUUACCAUUUGAGCGCGCACACAAACAACACCCGUAAAGCGUGGAAAAAUGCGCACCAACAAUGGAUCCCCGCGAAAUUUCCUAAACGAGGAGUUUUUUUACGAGUCAUAAAUAAAGGAACAAGUCCUCCACUACGGCGGCCAUCUCUCAUUUUUUUUAAUUCAAUAUCAUAUUUGCGUAAUAUCGAAAAAUGAAACGAGCUCCGAAGUGUACAAGGCCGACCUCUCUCUCUUCAGUGUAGCAAACGAUAAUGUGUAGGAAAUGAAAUAAAAAAGUUUUCAGGAAGAAUAUGGCAUCUCUUGCGACAUGUUAUUUUUGCUUCAGACGAAUUUGAAAAGAGUUCUUCCUAUUGUUUUGGCCUUCUUUAAAGCGCGGCGAAUUUCUCUUGUUGUUGAGGUGGCCUUCGCAUUGAGUUGAUUGCAAGAGUUUGUCGAAAUUUUUAUGAUUUGAAGUCGGUCAAUUGGAUGAUAAAAGCUUUUGACAUCUUUAAGCUCCGGUGAUUAUUUUGAGCAAGAAUUAUUUAUAAAAGUGAUAUCCGGAGAAACUUUAAUUAAGAUAAAAUCUUCCACAAAAAGAAAAAAGAGUUACAUUCGUACAUAUUUAAAAUUCGGUGACAAAAUUUCAUAAACUGCUUCCUUUUUUUUUUUUUUGUGACUUGAGAUGUUUAAUUGCGAUGUUUUGUCUUUUAAAAUCUUUUAGUUUUAAAUUUUAACAGUUUUUUUUUUUUUUUAGAAAAAGUUCUAUAUUUUCUUUAAUAUAAAUGGCAACACUUAUUAUUAUUAUUAUCUUAAAAAUUUUUAUUUAGCAUAGUUCAGCGAAUCUCAACUUAAUAAACAUUUUUACAUAUAUAAUUACAUUUAUAAUCGGGAGUAACAACCUUUGUUGUUGUGCGUCCCACAUUGUUUACAUUCAAAAUCAGGUGCAUUUACAAUCAAAUAAAAUGGUUAUAGCAGAUAUGUGAUAGUCAUAUUCAUUAUUAUAAACGAAAAAUAAAAUUUAUAAAGUUCAGUAAUUUGAAUAAUUUUUAUUUUAUUAUGAUUGUGAAAAUUUUUUAUUUAGAUAUUAUGAAAAGGAUUUGUAUUAAGGCGGCAUCGAAGGGUUUUUUUUUUUUUUGACAUCUGAUUAAAAUGCAAAAAGUUUGAAAUAAUGGCCGUAAAGUUAAAAAUUUAUAUUACCAUAUGUUUUACUCAAAUACUAGGGGCUCACUUAUGUUCGCCAACCUCCAGGAACUACUAAUUUUCAGAUUCAAUUUAUUCCAAAAUAUGAUAAAACAAUGAAAGAAAUAAAAAAUGUAAAGCAACAAGUACAUUCGCAAAAAUUACCUGCAUCAAAGUUUUUAGUAAACACAAAUAACCUUUCAUUUAAAUAACUAUAUACAUCCACCAAAAAAAACAAAUUAAAAAAAAAUUGUUAAAAAUUUUUUCAAACCGAUGCAAGAAUAGCGUUCACUGGAAAUCAUCAAACCGCGUGUUGAUGUUCCUGGGCGAGGUCGAAGUGUUGCCAAACGACGAUUAAUAAAUUCUGCCUGAUUUUGUGUCCACGUAAGCGCUUUAUAUAUAUAGAUUAUAAAUUAAAUAUUAUAAUAUCGUUCAAAUUCAACUUUGAAAUAAUAUAUAAAAAUAUAUAUAAAAAAAAGGAUUAAGCAUAAAGAUAACUAUUUUUAUGACGUAAUUUAUCACUUUAUUUAAAAUUUUCAAUUUUAGUUUAGAUCUCUUACAACAAAAAUAAACCAAAUUUGUUGAAACUUUCAUUGAAUUCUUUUUAAACACUGUUAUACUCUUCUUUUAAAAAAAAAAAAAAGAAUAAUAGCUUAAAGUGAUGUAAUAUGAAUUCUUUUAGAAUGUGUGGGUAAUUUGCAUAAAAAUGUAUUCCUAUUUAAUAUGUAUAUUAUGUAGCAUCCUAUAGCGUAUUUCCUGUAUAUUUUGUAAUCCCAUUGCCUCUGUUUGUAAACUAUAAUUUAUGGAGCUUCAUCAUCUAUGUUAUGUAUGUGAAAUCAUGCGUGCUCAUCUGGUGUCCACCUUUUAAGUUAUUGUUUGUGAUAAAGUUGUUGGUCUUCAUUAUUUAUGUAUCCGACCUAUCUAUGCAGUGCAUAAUCUUUUGUAAGCAAAUAACGAAAAAUGUUUUGUAUUUAAAUGUAGAUCAUAUUAAUAAAGUAUUUCUUGGAAUA